GGGGAAAACGGGAUGUGUUCUUCCAACGUAAGUGGCGGUUCUGUACGUGGCAGCAGACAGCACGUACUCUUUUCAUAACCCGUGGGGGCGAACCGAUUGGCGUUGAAACGACUUGUUGUGAGAUAUCAUUCCUCCUCAAAAAACGCUAAAAAAAUAAAGGUUGAAGAGGAGCCAUGAGGAAGCUGCUGUCUCUUGUGGUUUGGACCCUGCUCUGCUGCUCUCUGAGUAUACAGGAAGACAUCUUUACCUCCAUAGGUCAGAUGACAGACCUGAUCCACACAGAGAAGGAGCUAGUGCAGUCCCUAAAGGACUACAUCCAGGCAGAGGAGUCCAAGCUGGCUGCAGUGAAAAGCUGGGCCAACAAACUGGACUCCCUGACGCGGGUCUCCAGUUCAGAUCCCGAGGGCUUCCUGGCCCAUCCGGUCAACGCCUACAAGCUGAUGAAGAGACUCCACACAGAGUGGUCCCAACUGGAGAGCCUGGUGCUGCAAGACCCCUCUGAAGGGUUCAUUUCCAACAUAUCCACACACAGGCCGUUCUUCCCAGACCAGGAGGACGAGAAGGGGGCUGCCAAGGCUCUCAUGCGGCUCCAGGAUACGUACCAGCUGGACUCUGAGAGCUUCUCCCGGGGCAAGCUUCCAGGGCUCCACUCCAACGUGCUCCUGACGGGGGACGACUGCUUCGACAUGGGCAAGACGGCCUACAACGACGGCGACUACUACCACUCGGUGCUGUGGAUGCAGCAGGCCCUGCGGCAGCUGGACAUGGGCGAGGACUCCGUGGCCUCCAAGGCCACCGUCCUGGACUACCUCAGCUACUCGGUCUACCAGAUGGGUGACCUGCCGCGCGCCAUCGAGCUGACGCUGCGCCUUGUGGCCCUAGACUCUGGCCACCAGAGGGCAGGGGCGAACCUGCGGUACUUUGAGCGGCUCCUUUCCAAGCAACUGACGGAGGUGAAGCAGUCCGAGCUGACUUCGUUCGAGGAGCCCAUCCAGAUCGGGACCUAUGCCAGGCCUAAAGACCACCUGCCGGAGAGGGAGGUCUACGAGGCCCUCUGCAGAGGAGAAGGGGUCCAAAUGACAGAGAAGAGGCGGAGCGGCCUGUUCUGCCGUUACCAUGACGGCAACAGGAACCCGCGGCUGCUGCUGAGGCCGAUGAUGGAGGAGGACGAGUGGGACAGCCCCCGCAUCGUGCGCUACCUCAACGCCCUGUCCCACGAUGAGAUCGAGACCAUCAAGCAGCUCGCCAAGCCCAACCUUGCUAGAGCCACAGUCAGAGACCCCAAAACAGGUGUUCUCACAACAGCAAACUACAGAGUAUCAAAAAGUGCCUGGCUGGAAGGGGAGGAUGAUCCUGUGGUAGCUAGAGUCAACCAGAGGAUAGAGGACAUCACAGGCCUCACUGUCAAGACCGCAGAGUUACUCCAGGUGGCGAACUAUGGAGUUGGAGGGCAGUACGAACCACACUUUGACUUCUCCCGGAAAGAUGAGCCUGAUGCUUUCAAAAGAUUAGGCACUGGAAAUCGUGUGGCAACUUUUUUGAACUAUAUGAGCGAUGUCGAAGCGGGUGGAGCUACUGUCUUUCCCGACUUUGGAGCAGCGAUCAGGCCCAAGAAGGGGACGGCGGUGUUUUGGUACAACCUGUUCAGUAGUGGGGAGGGCGACUAUAGGACCAGACACGCUGCCUGUCCGGUACUGGUAGGAAACAAGUGGGGGGCGUCUUGUUGUCACUAAAACCAAAAACGUCAAAACGGUAAAAUAAUCCAGUGUCAAACAAAUGGAUUCACGAGAGAGGACAAGAGUUCAGAAGACGCUGUGGCCUGACACCAGGAAACUGAAUAGGCCGUAACCGCUUUGUUACGCAGUUUGAUUACCUGUGUAAUCAAACUGAAGGUUCAUGUUGAUUACACUUACACUUUAAAAUAAAUAACAAGGUUUUAUGUUUGCAAUCAAGUGUGACGAUUUAUGUUUUAAGUAACUGUUGAGUUAAAGGCACCCAGUGCAACUUUAUGUAAACAUUCAAUGAAAAAUAAACAUUCAAUUUCUAGUCUUUUUUACACGUAGUAAGUUUCAAUAACUCCAUACCAUUACAUAUCGACAUUCAAGGAGCAAAGAUGAGACGUCGUUGUGUGGUGAGAACUGAUAGAAAAUCGUAAACAACAACAAUCGCCGGUGGGGAGAAGCCAUUUUUCCAUUGACUGGAAGCCUGCUUUAUUUAUUGUAGGUUACAAAAAAUAAAGAAAAUGGCGGCAUUGUUGUUGUUAUCGAUUUUGUAUCAGUUCUCACCACACAACGACGUCUCAUCUUUGCUGCUUAAAUGUCGGUAUGUAAUGGUAUGGAGUUAUUGAAACUUAUUACGUGUAAAAAAGACUAGAAAUUGAAUGUUUAUUUUUAAGCCUCGAAAGUUGCACUGGGUGCCUUUAAGGUUUCACCCAACACUACAUGCACCUUUGUGAAUAACCUGGGUUCCUGCACCAAUAGUCACAUCAUUUGAUACCUGCAUCGAACACAAUCGUUGCAUAAAACAGUUGUGUUUUCUAGUAGAUUGUUCUCUACAGACAUAAAUCAGGUAAAAUGUGUGACAUCUCACUUAAUUUUUACCCAACCAAAAAGCUUGGUAUGACUUUUGCAAACUUCAAAAAAACACAAGGAUAUAAGGUUAAGCGUAAUCAUACUUUAGGAUUUUAGGUAGAAUUGGAGAAUGAAAAAUAUAAAAAAAAGGUAUCAUGGCAUUUACCAUAUGUCCAUGCCCUUUUUAUUUAUGAAGGUUUGAAAUGAUUACACUGUGUUUUUCUAUGUUUCUCCUAAAAGCGCAUUGAGUCCAUGUAUACCAUAUGAAAUGUGCUAUACAAAUAAACUUGACUUGACUUGA